AUGCCCAUGGAACCAUCACAAGAAUACAAAGGCACGCAUUCCGACGUCAAGGAUGACUCCGAAGAAACUCGUAUCGUGGAUCUGCGCUCGCGCUUCAAAAAGAUGCACCCCGCAGACUUUAGAAGUGACCAAUCUUUCGCACUAUUCCUCGAGGAAGCUAAGGAGAACCUAGUCUGCGAGUAUCUCGACGUUCUCGAAGAGUUCCUCUUAACUUUGCCAGAAGACGUCACUCCCACUCGCGAUAAUUUCUGGCAGUGCUUUAUCGACAAUGGGAUGUCCAUUUCAAAAUUAACCGCAAAACUCUCGCUUACAACCGACGAUAUGAAGAACACCGCCAUCAAACUUGCUUUCUUGCGGAACUACCCCCGGCUUUACGCCCAAACCAAUACCAAUACGUCCACAAUGCUCAAGGUUCUUGAAGCCGAAUCAGAGGAAGAUAUCCGGGCAAUCCUAGAAGUUGGCAAAAGACCAGUCUAUAACUCACGAGUCUCUGGUGGUGUCAUCAAGAAAGGUUACCAGUCACCUUUUCUGAAAUCCAAGAAGCUGGUUGAUCCAAUCUUGAAUACCCUCGAUGAAUAUGCCCGAGAUUGGAAAAAGACCAUCUAUCUGGGGCCGUAUGCUGCACUGAUUGGCCCUUCAACGUCUGGAAAAAGCCGAUUAAUCAUGGAAAUGUCGAAGCACAUCUGUGUGAUUUACAUCUGCCUUCGCCCAAAGGACUCCACAGGCUACCCACCCAGAUCCGCACUUGCUGACCAUAUGAUUCGACCGGCUUCCAACGAUGGAACCACCUAUUAUACCUCUCUUCUUGCCGGUAUCUUUCAAGUCGUCGCCAAUUUUUUCAGCAGUCAAAAUCCCGCUCAACAUAUGCAAGACAGGUUAAAGGAGUGGAAUGAUUACACUGAGGUGGCAAGCUUGGGCACACUCGAUAUGGGAGAAAGAACUCAGCAAAAAUUCACCGCUGAUGUUCUCAAACAAAUGCGAAAAUUUGCCAUCUGCAAAGAUGCCACUCUUCAAAAAACGGUGACGGCCAUGAGGGACUCUACAAAGUUCAUAAAUACCCGCUCUUCCAUGAGGGUACUACUCGCGCUCGAUGAAGCAAGCGCGCUCCUCGAAAUCCCCAACUCCGACAGUGCCACAGCAUACUUUUGCACCCUUCGUCGUACGAUCCGCAACAUACCUCCAAGAAUGGGGGUCUUCAUAAUCUUGGUAGACACCACUUCUCACAUAGCCAAUUUCAGUCUUGAAUCAAAAUUCGACUCCAGCGCACGACACAAUUUUAAGGGUCAAAAUCGGCUCUAUCAACCAAUAUUCGAAAUUUCUUCGUUUGACGCAAUGGUCUCAUCCGACCCACCCCGAUCUUGGGGAGAAUUAGUGUCUCCAGAGCGACUCUUCAAGUAUGGAAGUCCAAUCUUUGGUGCCUACUUUCGCGAUGCCAUAGCCAAACAGCAACAGCCCCAGGCGAUCUAUGAUGCCAUUUUGGAAUUGGCUUUUUAUAAACUGCACGGGCCAAUCAAAACAACCCAAUCCGCUCGGCCGGAAAUCACCAGAGCUCAAGCCUUUGCGUUCCUUGGUCCCACCAUCCAGCCACCGAUCAAUAACGUUUUUGCCCUCGGUAUGGAGCUGAUUGCAUCACAUGCUGCUCACUGUGAUUACAUCAGCCCGGGAUGUGAACUGGUCUUCAGCAACUAUCCGUCACAAUUCACGCUUGCAGCAGCUGCUGUGGAUCAUCUACAGGACGACAUCACGUUGAUUCAAUGCAUCAAAGCUCUGACUACAAAUGUGCUUCAUGGACUUGAUGCCGCCGGAGGCGCAGGUGACCUUGCUAGCCGAAUCAUUCUGUUGCGUGCAAUCCAAACCGCUAUGGCAACUUCAUGCGAAGGAGGUCUAAUCACUGGACGUCCGGUUAGUUUGGUGAAUUUCUUGGAAGCCUUAACUGGCAAAAAAGAAAACGAGCUGGAUCUUGGCUCGAUAGGCCCCGAAGAAAAAAAGGAUCUCUUAACAAACGGAAUGAUCUUUUGGAACCAUUUCUCCUGCAUCAAGUCUUCCCCAACUCCCAACAAACUGUUGCGAAUGAUGUACCGAGGUAUGGCUGCGCAGUGCCAUCCAAACCAGCCAGCCAUCAACCAAAUAUUUACAAUAUAUCUCAAACGUGAAUCAGACAGUCUGGAUGAAAAGAACGUUUCGUUUUGUGGAAUUCAAGUCAAAAAUCGCAAAAAGGACCUCAAAGUAGAAGACAAGUUGACCGAUACUUAUGCACAAGUUCACCUUUUGCAGAAUAACCCUUACCUGAUCCUCUACAUGAACCUAAACAGUCAACAAGACAGCAUGUUGCCUCUACCUGAUCUUAUAACUCCUCCAAACACUUGUAGUCAAAAAGAUGUCACCUGGACGCAAGGUAUGCGGCAAGCAUCUCUCUCCUUCAAUGGUUUGAAUCAGUUUGGAUGUCUUAGCCAAGGGGUCAAACAAGCCUUGGAAGAGUUGAUAAAUGCUGAGCCGGAUUUUGCAGCAAUUCAACGCAAUCAAGAGUCAAAGGACUAUAGCCAUUUAAUCAAUCCAGAAUUUGACUGAUGAGAUUGUAUGAUACGGAG